AUGCCUCUGCCAGAACGCUCGUACGGACAUGUUAAUACUUCAAGAAGUCCUACCGCCGUCGCUAGCGUGGAACAAUUCCUUCGAGCUACAUCAGGAGGGGAGUCUUGUAGAAAGUCACCAACCUACUCUCCCACCUCGUCUUCCCCUUCCUCUCCUUACUUUGAGAGGUUGAAGAACCAUAACUCAGAAGAAGACAAUGGUCUCUGUCAGAAGAAAUCAGUCCUCACCAAAGUGAAGGAGAGGGCCAUGAAAUUCCGCUACAGCCUCAGCAAGAGAAGAAUGGAGGACGAGAAUGUCACACCCUCUUGGGGUGUUAGCUUAGAAGAUGAUGAGGAAGAAGAAGAAGACCCUGAAUACCUUGGAGCCCCAAUGUAUGAAUCAGAGCUGGCACCUGAGGGAUACAAAGAAAAUGCAAGGCAACAUCCAAGAGCAAAUCCAGUAAUCUCUGAGAAGCAUGUUUUGCACCACACUGUCAAAUUAGGAGUGGAGCAAGAUUCAAAAAAAUCACGUGGUCCUGUCAAUGCCAGGUUCACGACAACAACUCAACCUGUUACUACAACUUCAAACAUGACAUCUGAAAACAUAGCUGAGAAACUGGCACCUGUCUAUGCUGGAGGGUCAAAUGCAGCUAAUGCUAUAUCCUCCAAAAUUCUAGCUUCUGGUUCCACGACUGCUCCUGCAACCAACAUGUCCUCACAAACCUCAUUAGUUCCAUCAUCUUCUAUGCAAAAUUCAUCUGCUUCUCUUUGUGAGAAGAAUACAUGCCAAAAGAGUGCUUCUCUAAGAGAUCAUUUCAUGAACCAGUCUGAAAAAGGUGAUGGAGCCAGAAAUGUGUCUACAAUGCAAAAAUCAUCAUCCUUAUCUGCUUCAAUGAGUGGGAAUAAGAAUAUAACAAGCCUAAAGAGUGCUUCAGUUAAAGAUUAUUCAAUGAACAAGUCUGAGCCAAGGGAAGAUGCCAAAACUGAUGUGUCUCAGCCUCAGGUGAUAUCUAAAGCAACGAGUCCUACGAGAACUUCUAGUAAUGCAGGUGUGAUGGACAAGGUAAGAGGAGCUGUGAAUUCAUUGUUCGGAAAUGAGGAACCAUCACAACAAUAUGGAGUCAAAACUUCUACUACACGCACUUCGUCGCAAACUCAACAGGUUGAUCAGGAAGAGAACCGUGGGAGAAUUCUACAGGCAAAUUGAAAAUCCUCCAAAGAUGUUCUUUAUACAUUUUAUGUGACUGCAUGUAUCUAAUAUAUACUAGUACUUUCUUUUUUGCCAUUUUGUUUAUGUAUCCAAUAAUUAGACUGGAAAUCAUUUCCAGUGUUUUGUAAAAUUCAA